AUUUAAUAUUUGAAAAAGUUUUAAGGAAAAAAUUUAUACUGAAAAUUUUAAAUAAAUAUUCCGAGCAAAAAUAAAAAUUUUGUUUCACUAAAAAAUUUGAAUUCAAAAAUUAAAACAAACUUUUUUAUAAAAAACAAAAAUAAGAAUAAAUUUUCAGUGGAAUUUUUUAAAAUUUUCAACAGAAAAAAAAAAUAAAUUCAAAAGAAUUUAAGGAAAAAUAAAACCUUCGAAUUGAUGAAUUUGUAGUCAGUAAAAAAAGAAUGACUCAGAGAGUUAUGGUGUGUUGAAUGGGGGUAAAGAACAUCAUACACAAAAGACCUUUGGUUGAGUAUUAUGAAAUCUAGAGGGUUGUAGAACGCGUCCUGGUCAAACGCAGCUGUCUGUUGCUGCUGUUAACUCGCACGUGUCAUAAUUAUUUUGUGUUAUAAACAAAAUUAACGUACUUAAAAUACCAGUGAAACUUAAUCUAGCAUUGUAGAUCGAUUAUUAAGUCAAAGGCUCAUUAAAUAAACAAAUAAAUAAAUAAAAUCGCCCGGUCAAAAGUGAAUGAAUUAAAACGUAAUUGGAGUGGACUCACGAGUAAUUCUGAGCGUCGGGGUUAUUAACUUCUAUUAACUUCAAUAAAUAGUUUUGAAUUACGCUGUCGUCUUCUCAGUAACGUUCAUUUGAUAACUUGUCUCCGUAACUAGUGCACCGAUAAUUCAUACAUAACAUACGUUAUUAAAUAAAUAUAUACAUAUAUUUAGUUAUUUAUUAUGACAAGAGAUAAUAUUUUUGAUAAUAUGGGCUUGCGAAAAAUUGACGAAGAGCAACAAUUAUUAUUUUAUUCAACGCUUACUUCUGAAGAAAAAGCGCGCAUGCAUCCUUGCACUAAAGCUACUUGUGUAAUGAUGUCUGGAGAUUCACCAGGUCUCGAUUCACGAUCGAUGCCAGCAAGCUAUGAUUUACCUGACGACGCACGUCCUGGUGAAUUACCACCGGUUAUAACGUUAAGUUCAACCGGUAAAUUGAGCCACAAUAAUCAUGACCACCCGGACAAUGAAAUGAUUGAAGAAGUUGCGACUGUUAAAAAAACGCUGCCCAGUCCAGAACCACGGCCGAAGAUUCAUCAGAAUGGCAAAGACAGUGAGAAUAAUAAUAAAUUUAAGCUGGAAAAUAAAUUCGCUGAAAAUAAUAAAGAUGACAAUGACGCUUGUGUCAACUGUCUCUACUACACUCAACAGUUGUGCGAGUGUGUGAUACUUUAAGCGAAUUAUAUAUUAUAUAUUAUAUUAUAGUAACAGAUAAUUAUCAUUAAUGUGAGAAUGUAUAUAAAAUAUUAAACUUAUUUUUAAAAUGUCAUUUUAUAAACGCACAAAU